GUCUGGACGCCCCGCAGUAGCGGCAGCCUGUCAGCGGCUCACGCAUCGCGUUGCCAUCUCCACCGAUCCCCCUUCACGCGCCACCCAGAUGGCCGCCGGCGGCAGCGGCGGCGGCGACGGCGGAGACAUAGGCGCCGACUCCGAGCGGCGCCUCAAGAAGGCCAUGGACAAGCUUUACCACUUCCCCAAGCCCAAGCCUAACCCCAGCCCAGGCUCCAAACCCUCCUCCUCCUCCACUCCCAGCUCGUGGAGGGCGGCGGAUGCCGGGAGGAGGUUCGCGGUGGUGCGGGGGUCGCGGCUCCCGCCCCAGAUGGCCGCCAUGUCUGCGUUGUCACCUCCUCCGCCGUGCCGCCCGUGGGACCGCCGCGACCUUGUGCGGAGGCUCGCUUCGUUCAAGGCCAUGACCUGGUUCGCGAAGCCCAAGGCUGUUAGUCCUGUAAAUUGUGCUAGAAGAGGGUGGACCAAUAUUGAACCGGACAUUAUAACGUGUGAGGCAUGUGGGGCACGGCUCCUGUUCUCCUCUCCUUCAUCAUGGACACCACAGCAAGUUGAAAAGGCUGCUGCUGUUUUCAGCUUGAAGCUGGACAAUGGACAUAAACUACUCUGCCCAUGGAUUGACAACAUAUGCGAUGAAUCACUUGCAUUAUUUCCACCUACACCUCCUCCUGUUUUAGUUGAGAAUUACUACGAGUGCUUCUCGUCUCUGCUACGGCUUUCAGCACUUCCAAGAAUUUCAUGCUCUUCUCUGGGAAGCAUGAAGAAGAAGAGUCCACAGCUAGAACAGUUCCUCUUGGAGCCUUUAUCUUCAUCAGUUGCCCUUAAAGGGGGAUUUAUGCUUACUGAAGACUUAACUAUUAAGGAUCUAGAUGGCACUUUUCAAGAUGCUGGCAUAUAUUACCAGGCACUGAAGAUAAUAAGCUUAUGUGGCUGGGAACCACGCCUACUUCACUAUGCUGUUGAUUGUGCAACCGAAUCUCACAUGGAUGCAAAUUCUACAUCUAUAUUGGCCCAGCCAGAACAAAUAAACAACACACUGGAAAAUCGGGUUGUAAUUUACUCACGCAAGGAAGUUGAUGGUUCUUCAGCAAUUGCAGAUGCUAAUCAGGGAGAUCAACAUUAUGAUCCAUCAUCCGUUGUUUUAGAUUGUCAGUUUUGUGGAGCCUGUGUUGCCUUGUGGCGUUUUUCACUUGUAGAACGACCUCUUCAACUCUUUAAGCUUGUAUCAGAUUCCAAUAUACAAGAUGAGCAAACUAAUGGGCAUGCCAGUGGAGCAGAACCUUCAAAGUCUGCAAAUGUUGGCUUUAAUUUCACAAUUGCUGGCGGUCCUCCACCUACUAGACAGAGUUUCCGGCCAAGAGUUUCAUUUCCUGUUGUCAGUCGGCACUUGAAAGCUGACUUGAACUCCCGUGGGAAAUCAUUUUCAUCUGGAAAUGACAGCCAAAUGGUUCCUGUUGCUUUGCAUUCUUCAGGGCCGAUGAAACGCAAAAGAAGCAUGGACGAGCUUCAUCAUGACCAUGAAGUUAAUAAUCCUGAAAAGGAUAUUGCAAACAUGGAAGUAAGCACUGAGCACAAUGAAGGGUCUUCACAUUCAGAUACAAAUAAGGGUACCAAUAUGGAAGAAGUCUUAAAUGAAGAACCAGAAUCAGGUGCUGCAAGAAGCGAUACUAGAGAAGAAGCUGCCAAUGAUGACCAGAACUUGAUACAGACUCACACAAAUAGUUCCAAGGCAGUUGAAGUUGGCGCAAUCACAAAAUCCUCUAUCAACUCAGAAAAAUGUGUACAACCAUCAGGAAAAGAAGGCCUGUAUGACAGAAUGAAUGAGUUUGAUCCUAUCAAGCAGCACCGGACGUUCUGCCCUUGGACAUCCCCUGACGUUGGUGAUGCCUUACCUGGAUGGAGGCUGACUCUUUUGGCGUUACUUGCUCAGGAUAAAAGGACUGAUGGAGAUCCACAAGUGGAGGCUCAGCUCAGCCUCCUCAACGAGGACGAUGAUCCUGUUACAUCUGUUAGAAAGCUUUUCAUGUCGCCUCCUUCCAAAAAGCUGAGGAUACAUCAAGCCGAGAAGAGCUGACAAGUGACAACUGUAUUGGUUUGUUGGGAAAUUCAGAUCGAGCCAGUGUAGGCAUGUAAGAGAUUCAAUCAGACUACCAGAUCGAUGUAAACAUUUGUGCUUAAACAGCACUGUACACACAUGUUUGGGGUGGGAAUGAUUAGAGGAAAACAAAAGGAAUUGUGAUUUGGAGAACUGUUCAGGGCAUUAUCACACCGGAAUCUCCCUGUGAGGACAAUUCAUUGGUUGCUCCUGUUAUGGUGGUUAAAGAAACCUGGAGGUCAUUGCGCCUUCAUCUCCUCUACCCUGCUUAGUUGGACAUACGGUAUUCCUCGGGAAUUUAGUAGCUUAGUAUUGUUGUCAUCUGGUAUCCAGCACCUUAUACUGUUAACCUCUGACAAUUUUUUGAGCCCUGAAACUUGUAAUCUGCUUGCCUUCA